UCUUCAUUUUCUUUUUUUUUAUAAUUUUAUUCAAGUUUUUCACAUUUUUCGUAAUACAUAUACGCUUUUAUAUUUCCAAAAUGCCUUUUGUUGGUAAUCAUAUUUAUAAGAUACCUCCGAUUCAACCAGACAAUACUUCCUGUAGCAGUUAUUCCUCAGAUACAAGUUCAAGUUGUGAUUCCUACAACAGUUAUGGAUCUCAUAUCAGUUAUGCUUCUCACAGCACCCAUGAUACAAACAGAGAACUCUCUAUGCAUAGCGCUCACAAAAAUCAUGACAGCAAGGAUCAACCUAGCGAGCUAAGUAUUUAUAGCGCCCAAAGUGGAUAUCGUAUUGAGGGUGGUUAUGGCGCUAAAAGUAAUCGCAGCGGUCAACGAAGAAAUAGUGUUCGAAGUCAUCAGAAUCCGGCACAAAGUCAUGGGAGCCACGUUAAGGUACAGAGUCAUAGGCAAGGUGAUCACCUCACUCAUAAACUUACGCGUUCUACUCAUUCUGCUCGAUCUAGUCAUAGUACUUAUGAAACGGAAAUGAGCUCUGACAGUAGCAGUGAUAUUUUGUCAUCGAAAACACAUGGUCAUUCUACCAACUACUCAGAUAGCACCCGUAAAUUGUCAUAUGCUAGUACAGAUAAGGCUUAUGUACUAUCUACAGUUUUAAAGGAACACCUCAAUAUGGAAAAUAUAGAUUUAAGUGAAUCUACAGCAUCUCACUCUAGUGAAUUAAGUCAUACGGAGUUUGAAACACCAAUUACAUUUGAUCCAGACACCUUUUUUUCAAAUAUUGAAAAAAUACCAAGCGUAAACGAAGUUUCAUUAACUUCAUCGCACGAGUAUAAAGUAAAAGUAGAAGCUACGCCGGAUGAUAAUAUAGGACGUUUUGUGGAUCCUCUAACAGGUGAAGUGCUAACAUCAACGUCAUCAUCUCCUUCAGUAGAAGGAACAGCUGUAAUAAGUUUACAUGAAAAAUUAUCUGACGAAUGGGGAGAAAUAGUUGAAGAAAAAGAUAUAGCUGAGUUACACAUUGAUUUGCCUGAAGUACCGUAUGAUCAAACAAUAGACAAAGAAAUUCUCGACACGAAGACGCAAACGGAUGAAGAAGUUUUUACUCAAUUAUACACUGAAAUAUUUAAACCUAUACAAUUGCUGGAAAAAGACACAAAACUCAAAGAAGAACAAGAAAGAAAAGAAAUGCUACAGGAAGCAAUUAACCAAUUUGUUACUGAUUUAGUUAAUAAAGUUGUAGAAAAAUGCGAACGUCAUGCUAAUGAUCCCAAGAGAAUAUUACGUAAUACCUUAGAUAAAGUAGCUCUAGCAGAUGAGUUAAUGAAUAAACUGGUAGAUUUAGAGAAGGCGAACAAAUGUCAUAUAUUUUUAAAUCGCAAAGCAGUUGAUUAUUUCCGUCGUAAGAAAGCUUUUAGCAGCUUGGAAGAGGAAGGAAGAGGCAAGAAAGAUCAUACAGGAGAUGAGAAAAAAUAUGGUCAGAUUAUUAAACACUUAAAUAAUUUACUUUGCCGUCAAAAAGAAAUGACAAUCGUAACUAAUGAGAAAAUAGAUGAAUUAAACCAAAAAAAAACAGAUUUACAAUCCCAACUUGAUGAUGUAGCAACUGGAUUUGAAACCAUGAUUUGGGAUUUUUUCGGUCGUAAAAUAUCAGAUAAUGCACGGAACUUUGUAGAAAAGAAACUUUCACGUAUAAGAGACUUAAGAGCUGAUAUAUCUGAAGCACGUAGUGCCUUAAUAGAAAAACAACACAGUAUGGCAAGACUAUCCAAGCGACUCGAAGAAUUGGAAAAUCUUGGUAAUGGCUUAUAUAUGCGUGAUUUCGAGAAUAUGCAAAGAGAAACAAUUUCCCUUAACAAAAAACUUGAAGAACGAACGAAUGAAUUUGAGAAAUAUUCCAGACGAUGCAAUAAUCAAAUUCAUGCCUCUACACAUUUGAGAGAAAAAGUUUUGCUAAUGCGCGACCACGUCACCGCUCAAGAGCUUGAACUAAGAGAAUUAUUAGAAGAAAAGCAAUUAAUACGUGAGGAAUUAAGAAAACUUAAAAUAAAACGUAUUAAAUUGUAUAAGGACAUACGUGAACUAAGCUUUCAGUGUGGUUUGUUGGAUAAGCCAGCCCUGUUACUCGAUUAUGAUGACACCCUUGAUCGACUUAAUGCCACCAAAGCUAACAUUAUUCAAAUAAAAUCAAAAUUAUCCGACCUACAACUAAAAAUUAAAACAGCCGAAGAAAAGCUUUCAGCACAACAUUAACUAACCAUUUAAGAGACUCUAAGAAGAUGUUACCGUUCUCUAAAAUUUCUGGUACUUGAGAUAGGUAUUUAAAAGAUAUAGACAGUUUAAGUCUCUAACGAAAAAUUAUUUACAUGUUACGAUAAGAAAAUUUAUAUUAAUUUCUUUCUUUUUCUCUAAACUCAUUAUGAUUUUGUAUCUGAAGCCAACUGGGUUCAAGUUUAUAUAAUAUA